AUGCAGCUUCACACCAACCCUUCCUCCUUACUCUUUUCGACGCCAAAAGCCGCGAUUUUGCUGGCCAUUUCCGUCGCAAUGACAUCAAUCAUGGUAGCGGCUGCACCGAUGCCCAUAGAAAUGAUUAACAGCCCCCUGAUCAACGAAAUCGUCGAACAUCAUCCACCCCAAAUCCAACAACUGUACGAAUACGUCCAGCGAGUUUUACCAGCUGAAUCCCACUCUCCUCUUCAAGAACGCCCUCUACCUUACUUUGGAUCUAGUGCCUCGCGCACUCCAGUGCCCUACGGUGAGAGGACGUUCAACUAUGCUUCCAAAGGUAGGAGCGAUGCGAUGAUAAGGCUCGACAUGGGCCCCGGUUCGAACGAGAGGGUAGGAAGUAGAAGGAACAGAGAGGUAGAGGUUGUGCAACAGGGACAGAGGGCUCCUCCUAAUACUCCUGAGCGACAUCCCAACCGUGGUAGCCUAUGA